AUGGCGCCUAGAUUCCAGCUGAAGUCUAACGUGAAGAGCAUUGAGUGCGAGCUGCAUUGCCCAGUGUGUAAGGAGAUCGUCAAGCAGCCCGUGGUCCUGCCAUGUCAGCACAGCGUCUGCCUGAUGUGUGCCUCAGAGGUCCUGGUUCAAAAUGGCUACCCUCCUCCGGAGCUGCCACCCGAGCCCAACUCUCCUGCCUCCACCCCCAACACCCGCUCUCCCCGCCAGGCACGCAGGCCCAUGCCCAGCAAGGCCGACCAUCGACCCAUCGACCGCGUGCUACGUUCAGGAUUUGGGACGUAUCCGUCGCCGGGGCGACGGCGUAAGGAACCGCCGCCCCCUGCGAUGUUGUUUCCGUGCCCGCCCUGUGGGAGAGAGGUAGAGCUGGGAGAGAAGGGCCUGACUGACUGCCUGCGUAACCUCACCUUGGAGCGCAUUGUAGAGAGGUACAGGCACACAGUGAGCCUGGGCAGUGUGGCUGUGAUGUGUCAGUUCUGCAAGCCUCCCCAGUCCCUGGAGGCCACUAAGGGCUGCGCCGACUGCCAAGCCAGCUUCUGUAACGAGUGUUUCAAGCUCUACCACCCCUGGGGGACGCCGCGCGCCCAGCACGAACACGUCCAGCCCACCCUCAACUUCAGGCCCAAGGUUCUGUCGUGUCCGGAGCAUGACCAGGAGCGUCUGCACUUCUACUGUAGGACGUGCCAGCGGUUGCUGUGCCCGCUCUGCAAGCUGCGCCGCGUCCACGCCGGGCACAAGGUGGCGCCAGUCGCCCAGGCCUACCAGACACUCAAGGACAAGAUUACCAAGGAGAUGAACUACAUUCUGUCCAACCAGGAGACGGUGCUGGGCCAGAUCUCACAGCUGGAGAGUGCCACCACUCAGACAGAGGCGAACAGCGUAGCGGCACGGGAGCAGCUGUCUCAGAGCGUGAGAGACCUGACCGCCCUUCUCGCUGAGCGCCACGCCGCAUUGUCUCAGGCCCUGGAGGGGGCACGGCAGAGGCGGGGUGAGGCGUUGGCGGGCCAGGUGGCGGAGAGGCGGAGCCUGCUAGAACACGCAGGUCUCAUGGCGUUCUCCCAAGAGCUGCUGAAGGAGACGGACCCGCCCUGCUUCGUCCAGGCAGCGCGCCAGACACACAGCAGACACUUCCAGCUGGACGUCUCCAAAGAGCUCAAACUCCUCACAGACCUGCAGUUCAUCCAGGCCCCUCUGGCCCCUGUUAUUGACACCCAAAAGACCCUGGCCUAUGACCAGCUCUUCCUGUGUUGGCGGCUGCCUCAGGAAUCCGCCCCCGCCUGGCACUUCUCUGUGGAGUUUCGUCGCCGGGGGGUGGUGCCAGGAGGCGGGGCCAGGGGUGGUAUCCAAGGGCGAUUGGCUGCGGCCCGCUGGGGCUGGCAGCGGCUGGAGGAGGUGGGCGGAACCAGUGCUGUGAUUGACAGGUUGGAGAUGGACAGUGUGUAUGUGUUGAGGGUGAGAGGCUGCAACAAGGCGGGCUUCGGGGAGUACAGUGAGGAGGUGUACCUACACACCCCGCCAGCACCGGUGUUAAAUUUCUACCUGGACUCUCGCUGGGGUCUCCAUGCCGACCGGCUGGUGGUGAGUAAGGAGCAGCGCUGUGCCCGGAGCGUCCCCGGCCUGUCCCUGAUGCAGGCCGCUGACCGAGCGCUCACUUCCUGUCACCUGACUGCAGACCUCCUGGUGGGCGACGUGGCCAUCACCCAGGGCAGGCACUACUGGGCGUGCUCAGUGGAGCCCGGCUCCUAUCUGGUCAAAGUGGGGGUGGGCCUAGAGGCCAAACUACAGGAUUGGUUUCACCUCCCGCAAGACAUGGCCAGUCCCCGUUAUGACCCAGACAGUGGCCAUGACAGUGGGGCAGAGGAUUCCCUGGAAUCCCCUCCCUCCUUCUCUUUCCUCACCAUGGGCAUGGGCAAGAUCUUCCUGCCCCAGGCUCCCAACCAUCAUAACAACCAUGGUUGCAAUGGCACCAACCCCCGCCGCAGCCCCACCAUCGCCAACGGCAACAGCCCUGCCUCCUCGCCUACGGGCCUCACCUACCCCCUGCCUCCCAGGCUUGGGGUGUGCCUUGACUUUGAGAAGGGUCGCGUCACUUUCUACGAUGCCCACUCGCUCCGUCCUCUGUGGGAGGGGCCUGUCGAUUGCUCCGGCCCCGUUUGCCCGGCUUUCUUUUUUAUUGGCGGAGGGGCACUACAGUUACAGGAGUUGGUGGCCAAUCGGAUGGCAGACCAGACUCCAGUCAGGAGGGUCACCAUCCAAUCACGUGUCACUAAUCUGAAUAACUAG